GGGUCGGGGGAUGGGCGCGCGGAGCCGGGCGCGGGGGCGCUGAGCGCGGGCGGCGGGCGCGGCGGGAGGAGCCAUGGACUGCAGCCGGGUGCGGACGCUCGUGCGCAGAUACUGUGCUGGAGAAGAGAACUGGGUGGACAGUCGGACCAUCUACGUGGGGCACAAGGAGCCCCCGCCUGGUGCUGAGGCCUACAUCCUGCAGAGGCACCCCGACAACAGAAUAGUCUCUUCCAAGUACACGUUUUGGAACUUCAUACCCAAGAACUUGUUUGAACAAUUCAGAAGAAUAGCCAACUUUUAUUUUCUUAUCAUAUUUCUGGUGCAGUUGAUUAUCGACACCCCCACGAGUCCAGUAACCAGCGGGCUCCCACUGUUCUUUGUCAUCACCGUCACCGCCAUCAAACAGGGCUAUGAGGACUGGCUUCGCCACAAGGCAGACAAUGCCAUGAACCAGUGCCCUGUGCAUUUCAUCCAGCAUGGAAAGCUAGUCCGGAAGCAGAGCCGAAAGCUGAGGGUUGGAGACAUCGUCAUGGUCAAGGAGGACGAGACCUUCCCCUGUGACCUGAUUUUCCUCUCCAGCAGCCGCGGAGAUGGGACCUGCCAUGUGACAACCGCCAGCUUAGACGGAGAAUCCAGUCAUAAAACUCACUACGCCGUUCAAGAUACUAAGGGGUUUCAUACGGAAGAGGAUAUAGAUGGCUUGCACGCCACGAUUGAGUGUGAGCAGCCCCAGCCUGACCUGUAUAAGUUCGUCGGCCGCAUCAACGUCUACAAUGACCGGAAUGACCCCGUGGUGAGGCCGCUGGGGUCAGAGAACUUGCUUCUCAGAGGAGCCACGCUGAAGAACACCGAGAAGAUCUUCGGUGUUGCUAUUUACACAGGCAUGGAAACCAAGAUGGCAUUAAAUUAUCAAUCAAAAUCCCAGAAACGAUCUGCUGUAGAAAAAUCCAUGAACGUGUUCCUCAUUGUGUACCUCUGCAUUCUGAUUAGUAAAGCGCUGAUAAACACUGUCCUGAAGUACGUAUGGCAGAGCGAACCAUUCCGAGAUGAGCCAUGGUAUAAUCAGAAAACCGAGUCAGAAAGACAGAGGAACCUGUUCCUCAGGGCUUUCACAGACUUCCUGGCCUUCAUGGUCCUCUUCAACUACAUCAUCCCCGUGUCCAUGUACGUCACGGUGGAGAUGCAGAAGUUCCUGGGCUCGUAUUUUAUCACCUGGGAUGAAGAAAUGUUUGACGAGGACACGGGGGAAGGACCUCUGGUCAACACAUCAGAUUUAAAUGAAGAAUUAGGACAGGUGGAGUACAUCUUCACAGACAAAACUGGCACACUCACGGAGAACAACAUGGAGUUCAAGGAGUGCUGCAUCGAGGGCCAUGUGUAUGUGCCGCACGCCAUUUGCAAUGGGCAGGUGCUCCCCGGCGCCUCUGGCAUCGACAUGAUUGACUCCUCCCCAGGCACCAGUGCCAGGGAGCGGGAAGAGCUGUUUUUCCGGGCCCUGUGUCUGUGCCACACCAUCCAGGUGAAGGACGACGAUGACGUGGAUGGACCCAGGAAGUCUCCUGACUCAGGGAAGUCGUGUACUUACAUCUCGUCCUCUCCUGACGAGGUGGCCCUCGUCGAAGGUAUCCAGAGACUUGGCUUCACGUAUCUGAGACUGAAAGACAACUACAUGGAGAUCCUAAAUAGAGAGAACGACGUGGAAAGGUUUGAAUUGCUGGAAAUUUUGAGUUUUGACUCAGUAAGAAGGAGAAUGAGUGUGAUUGUAAAAUCUGCUACAGGAGAAAUCUAUCUGUUCUGCAAAGGAGCAGAUUCUUCGAUAUUUCCCCGAGUGAUAGAAGGCAAAGUGGACCAGAUCCGGGCCAGAGUGGAGCGCAACGCGGUGGAGGGGCUUCGAACCUUGUGUGUUGCCUACAAAAGGCUCAAUCCGGAAGAAUAUGAAGGCAUUUGUACGCUGCUGCAGGCUGCCAAAGUGGCACUUCAGGAUCGAGAAAAGAAGCUAGCAGAGGCCUAUGAACAAAUAGAGAAAGACCUUGUUCUGCUGGGUGCCACGGCUGUCGAGGACAGGCUCCAGGAGAAAGCUGCUGACACCAUAGAAGCUCUGCAGAAGGCCGGGAUCAAGGUCUGGGUUCUCACUGGGGACAAGAUGGAGACAGCAGCUGCCACCUGCUAUGCCUGCAAGCUGUUUAGGAGGAACACACAGCUGCUUGAACUCACCACGAAGAAAAUUGAGGAGCAGAGUCUACACGACGUCCUGUUUGAGCUGAGCAAGACUGUCUUGCGCCAUAGCGGGAGCUUGACAAGGGACAACUUCUCAGGACUGUCUGCAGACAUGCAAGACUAUGGCUUGAUCAUUGAUGGAGCUGCGCUGUCUCUGAUCAUGAAGCCCCGAGAGGACGGAAGCUGUGGCAACUACCGAGAGCUGUUCCUGGAGAUCUGCCGAAACUGCAGCGCUGUGCUCUGCUGCCGCAUGGCACCCCUGCAGAAGGCUCAGAUUGUUAAAUUAAUCAAACUUUCAAAGGAGCACCCCAUCACGUUAGCCAUUGGUGAUGGCGCCAACGACGUCAGCAUGAUCCUGGAGGCGCACGUUGGCAUUGGUGUCAUCGGGAAGGAGGGUCGUCAGGCUGCAAGGAACAGCGACUAUGCAGUCCCAAAAUUUAAGCACCUGAAGAAGAUGCUGCUUGUUCACGGACAUUUCUAUUACAUCCGGAUAUCUGAGCUCGUGCAGUACUUCUUCUAUAAGAAUGUCUGCUUCAUUUUCCCUCAGUUUUUAUACCAGUUCUUCUGUGGAUUUUCACAACAGACUUUGUACGACACUGCCUACCUGACACUGUACAACAUCAGCUUUACUUCCCUCCCGAUCCUCUUGUACAGCCUGAUGGAACAGCAUGUCAGCAUAGACACGCUCAGGAGAGACCCUUCCCUCUACAGAGAUAUUGCUAAGAACGCUCUACUCCGCUGGCGUGUGUUCAUUUACUGGACAUUCUUAGGAGUAUUUGAUGCUCUGGUAUUCUUCUUUGGUGCUUAUUUCAUGUUUGAAAACACGACGGUGACCAGCAAUGGACAGAUAAUGACCACCAACACACACAUGAUCUUUGGAAACUGGACGUUUGGGACGCUGGUGUUCACCGUGAUGGUAUUUACAGUGACACUGAAGCUGGCGCUCGACACGCACUACUGGACGUGGAUAAACCACUUUGUCAUCUGGGGGUCGCUGCUGUUCUACAUCGUCUUCUCCCUCCUCUGGGGAGGGAUUAUCUGGCCAUUCCUCAAUUAUCAAAGGAUGUACUAUGUGUUCAUCCAGAUGUUGUCCAGCGGCCCAGCCUGGCUGGUCAUCAUCCUCCUCAUCACUGUCAGCCUCCUUCCUGACGUUCUCAAGAAAGUCCUGUGUAGGCAGCUGUGGCCCAGCGCCACAGAGAGAGUCCAGCAGAGCACGAAACUCAAAGCAUCGGUCGCUGCUGCGCCGAGCAUGGACGGGCCACUUCUGAAGGACCUCUUGCCGCGGCCGAGGCGCCAUUAGCCAAGGAUAGAGCACAUGCACGUGCGGCCACGACCACCUCCCAGAACUCACCCUCCUGGCCUGUCCACAGAGCCCCAGCCCCUGGGCCAUGUUCCAGGCCCGCACACAAAACAGGUGACGCUGACGUGGCCUCCCUCAAGGGUCUCCCUGCACAGCUAUCACCUCCCAGUCCUGCGCCCCACGGGCACUGCUGGCGGACGGGCCGCCAGUCCAAGCCUCUGAGAGCCGCGCACGUGUACUUCUCCACACCCCCCGGGGAGGCACAAGAACAACCGGACUUGUCUGGAGCACACGGCUGGCGCGCCGCCUCUCCUGGGUCUGGGGGCCCCACACGGCCUCCCUCGGGCUUCAGUUGGGCUGCAAGGAAGGGCGCACACAGCCCAGGGCAUCCCGGGCCAAGGCCUCUAGUCUCAGGUGCCACCAGAGGAGGACACCGUGUGGUGGUGACCAUCACCCUGAGCAGGGCUGGCCGCACCGCCAUCAAUCCUGAGCACAGCGGUCCAGUCCUCACUGUGGGACGUGCUGGCCGGGCCUCUGUGCUGCUUCGUCUGCAGCACUCCGGUCCUCGUGCUCCUGGAGCUGGCCAGACUGGAACCUGGCGUCACCUGUUCCCACAGCCCGUCCACGUCCUGGACUGUCCUGCUUCUGUCCCACCUGCCACCUAGCGAAGCUGCUUGUCGGGAUCUGUCUGAGGGGGAGUUUGCCUCUCCAAGGGAGCUAGCGUCCCCUGUGCGGAUCUCUGAGUGUUUCCCGUGCCCUGGCCUGUGGAGGAGAAAGUACUGUGCGUGAACGAUUGGCAGCUCUGUCCACUGAAGCCUUCCCAGGACACAUUCAGAGGUAGUUUUCCUCAUGCCCCACAAGUAGAGCCUCCCCACUUUCUCUUGUCGGGGCGCUUGUGUCACCGGUUCCAGGGGAAGGCUGCUGGCCGGGCUGUGCCGAUCAGGCCCCUUCAAGGUCCCCCCAGGGACCGCAUCCACCUCCCAGAAUCUGUUUCAGGCCGACACAGGUCUGAAGGUGAGGCAGCAUCUGCAUCCCGAAAGCAGGGUGGCCGCCCUGGACCAGACCUUGCGUUGUCAGAUCUCUGCCAUGUUGCGAUGGGCUGUCCAGGGGUCAGGUGGGGUGGGCAGACGUUCAGAAGGCUGCCGUGCUGAUAGUCCCCAUCCCUUCUCUGGACCGCUCUUUGCUUCUAGAAAUAACUCUUUGAUGUAGCCUUAAUGGUCCACAAAGACAUUUCAGUCAGAUUCAAAGUUUGGAUGUUGAAAUAGAUGCCUUUUUAGGAAAGCAUCACCCAGAAGCUCAACUACAAGCAGGCCCCUUGCCCACUGUGGGGUUCCAGGCCGCUGCUGGGACCGGGGAUGCUGGUGCGUGGACACGGAGUUGUCUUCGGAGUCGCUAGGUGCCAGGCAUUUUUGAAAGUCCAGAUUUCACAGCUUGAUUGUAUCAUGUUUUGCCUAUAAAAUAUUUAUUUGAACUGGGGGAUGAAUUAACUGAGUACACAGAGUAAUUGGGAUGAGUUCAGGUGAAGUAGAAACAGCAUACCAAAGACCAGGAGAAAGGACGAAGAGCGCCGGGGUCUCCGUCCAGUCCGUCCUGCGUCCCCCGCGUCCCCACGUCCUGUGUGUGGUGGCGCCCCGGACGUCCCGUCCGCGCUAGACCCUGCGAACAAUGCUGUGUGUGUUUUUACAGCCGUUUUUAAGAACCUAAUAUGGGUAUACACGUCAUACCUGUAGGGGGACAGAUUCUCUGUAUGUUUAGUUAACAAAUUCUUUGUAAUGUAUUUUUUUAGAAAUCUUAAAAUUGCCUUUGCACUGAAGUAUUUUCAUAGCUGUUUCUAUCUCUUGAUUCAUUUAUUUGUUAACAUACCACGUCUAAUUUUUAAAGUAUUUUUUAAAGCUUUUAUUUUUUAAGUUGACUAACUUUUGGCCACUUUGCAUUUAAAUUCUGGUGGGAGUUCCAGCGGAAUGUCUCCAUAUCCAAUGAAUGUGAAGUCUCAGAUUUGAUUUUGUUCUCCCUGUUUGUGUUUGGUGCUCCCAGCAGCAGUGAUUCACUGAAGGCAUAUUUAGAGCACAAUAUUUUGCUUGCUUGCUCUUCAUAGUUGAUUGCAGAUUUCAUCUGCUUUUUGUGUUUUUUUUUUUUUUAUUUCCAUCCUUCGGCCUUAAAAUAGAAGCUUCUCGAUGGAUGGUUCGGUAUCCUCUCUCCCCUGGGCUGAGACAGUCACUACUUAACCUCUGAGAAUGUGCAUCUCAUUGUGGAAGUCACUAACCCCUUACACGCUCCAGAUGGCUUUCACCAGAUGGUUUGGGAAAUGCCCCGAGACUGCACCCGGUCCCUGGACACGGACAGUGGGCGGGAGGCAGAGCGGAAGAGCCGCUGGGAUGGAUGUGUGCAUAGGACCCGGUGCCACCUCUCAUCUCCACUAGUUCCUGUUUACUUGCCUUAAAAUGACCUUCAAGCAAGUCCUGUCAACUUUAAACAUUUUUCUUAGUUUUGGAAAUCUUGUUCAGGACUGCCCGCGUUAAUGAACUCCCACACUGGCCCCAACUUCUGGUUCCGAACGGCGCACCAUCCAUCCCCUUCAGAGCAGGUCACCAAUAAAGCACAGGUGGUCCUCACCGGGUCCUCGUCUCCUGCUUUCAGCAACAUGUCCACUCAGGGCCACACACGUGCACGUGCACAAGCUCGCACGCACGUGCACACACACACACACAGUGCGCACAGACAUGCUCCCUGGGCUCCAAGCAUCCUGCCUCCUUCCCAAGGGGACCCUGCCAGGAGCUCCAUGAACACAAGGCUCCUUGGACCUCGGGCCCGGGGCGUGCAAGGGGGCUACGGAAUGGACGAUGCUGCAGGGCCGCUGCCUAACAAGCGCCGCCUCCUCAGGGAGGCCUCCCGGCUGACGCCCCCCACGGCUCCGCCCCUAGGACAGGUGGCAGAGAGCAGUGUCUGGACCUCCGAGCUGCGGGGCCUCUGCCUGCACCUGGGAGCCUUGGCUGGCCCUCUGCCACGGGCAGCUGGGGGAAAAGCCAUCCUCCCCUUGGCAACUCCGGUUAGAACCCACAUCAGCCAGUCCCAUGCGUUUGACUCUGUAGGGUGAACACAGACCAGACAGACCCCCAUGGGGGCGGUGGCUGCCCGAGGAAAGGAGGCCCACACGCCCGGCUUCUGCACUGGCGAGUUUAUAGAAUUGUUGUUUGGCCUGGUGAGAUUUUGCAGCUUCAAGUACAGAAAUGCCUCCUACACGCUGUUCUAAUUAGCCUCAAAUUGUUGCACAUCAAGUGUCCCGUGCAGCCUAAAGCGAGUUUUCCAGGCUUUUUCUUUAAAAGCACGAAGUUUGUCCGUGUUGCACUGACUGGUAAUAAUCUAAUGCAACUCCUCCUACUUUACUUUGAAAUCCACAUUAUUCAUGUAACAGCUCUGGGUCAUAUUUCGGUGUGUGGUUUCCUGCCUUCUACAUUUCUUUUGGAAACUUCCCAUUUAAAAACAGGAAAAAUGUCAGUUGGCAAAUGCAUUUUUUUUUUUAAGUUAGAGGGUUAGGUGAAUGGGAGUGAGAAUCAUUCUGAUAUUGUCUAUAAACAAAGCUUUAAUGAUGAUGCGUUGGAAGUAUUAAAGUGUGAUUCUACUUUUGCAGAAAAAAUCUAAAGAUCAGUUUAUAUAGCUUUAUUUUUUAUCUUAUCGAAGUAUACAGAAUUUUAAUAUGCAUAUAUUGUCUCUGACUUAAAAUUAUGAUGUGCAUUGCCAUUUAAAAUGUCCAUUCAUUAUGUAAUGCAAUAAAAGAAUCUUCAAAAUGUAUUUAACAUGAAUGGUAUCUAUAGUUGUCAUCAUCAUAAAUACUGGAAUUUAUUUUUAAUUAUGAAAUAUAGUAGGUGCAGUUAAGAUAAUAAAUCAGUCUCCAGGUAGUAAUGUUUGAUUGAUAAUAAUUCAUUAACCCACUUUAAAAAAUUAAAUUGUGAUUAAACCAAAUCUUACAUUUCUGUAAAGUUUAUUUUGUAUGCUACUGGUUUUAACUUUUAUUUCUGUAGAUAAUAUCGAUGAUAAUUAUAUCAGACUUUUCUGCAGAUUAUUUAAGCAGGAAACUUGAAUCUGCUUGCAAUAAAGAUGAAAGAAAUGUC